AUGGCGGCCAAAGGCGGCAGGACCGGGCUGCUCGACAAGUGGAAGAUAGAUGACAAGCCAGUGAAAAUUGACAAAUGGGACGGUUCAGCUGUGAAAAAUUCCUUGGAUGAUUCUGCCAAAAGCUGCUGCUCAUUUUAUCCAUCACAAAACAAUCUCGGCUCCGUGUUUCUCCCUCAGGUUCUCCUCGAGAAGUACAAGUACGUCGAAAACUUCCGCCUGAUCGACGGCCGCCUCAUCAUCUGCACAAUCUCAUGUCUCUUUGCCAUUGUAGCUUUGAUUUGGGACUACCUGCACCCCUUUCCUGAAUCCAAACCUGUUCUUGCCUUUUGUGUUGUAUCAUACUUUGUGAUGAUGGGAAUCCUCACCAUCUAUACCUCAUAUAAAGAAAAGAGCAUUUUCCUUGUAGCUCACAGAAAAGACCCCGCGGGGAUGGAUCCUGACGACGUUUGGCAGCUCUCCUCCAGUCUCAAACGGUUUGAUGACAAAUACACCCUGAAGGUGACGUUCAUCAGCGGCAGAACCAAGCAGCAGAGGGAAGCCGAGUUCACCAAAUCCAUUGCCAAAUUCUUCGAUACCAAUGGCACGUUGGUGAUGGAGGCCUACGAGCCCGAGGUAUCCAAGCUGCACGACAGCCUGGCCAUGGAGAGGAAAAUCAAGUGACCGGGAUGCUGCUGGGAAUGUGCUCAGUGAACACCAAUAAAGCAACAUGGCCAGAGGGAA